CUCUGUACACGACGACUGAGGAGGACAAUCACGAUUGUCUAGGCCGCCAUGCAGAUCUUCGUGAAGACCCUUACGGGCAAGACUAUCACCCUUGAGGUGGAGUCGUCCGACACCAUCGACAAUGUCAAGUCUAAAAUUCAGGAUAAGGAGGGUAUCCCCCCGGACCAGCAGCGCUUGAUCUUCGCCGGAAAGCAGCUCGAGGACGGCCGCACCCUCUCCGACUACAACAUCCAGAAGGAGUCCACCCUUCACCUUGUGCUCCGCCUCCGUGGUGGUGGCAAGAAGAGGAAGAAGAAGGUGUACACCACCCCCAAGAAGAUCAAGCACAAGAGGAAGAAGACCAAACUCGCCGUCCUCAAGUACUACAAGGUCGACGGUGACGGCAAGAUCGAGCGUCUCCGCCGUGAGUGCCCCCAGCCCGAGUGCGGUGCUGGUGUCUUCAUGGCUGCCAUGCACAACCGCCAGUACUGCGGUCGCUGCCACCUCACCUACGUCUUCGACGAGUCCAAGUAAACGAAAAAAAAAGAACGAACUUCGAGG